AUUAAUCUCUUUUUUUGCUCCACAGAAGACACUUCCUCCACCAAAACGCACAGCAAUUGGUGUUUCUAAAAUUGGGUUCACAGUCAAACCAUCCGAGAACAGUGGUUUCUAAUGGCUUUUGAUGAUAAAUGGAAGAACACUGCUCUUCUCGUCAUAGACAUGCAGAAAGAUUUCAUACUACCAGAUGGUCCGAUGCUUGUAGCUGGUGGCCAGGCUAUUGUUCCCAACCUUAUAAAGGCUGUUGAAGUUGCUAGGCAGCGGGGCAUCCUCGUAGUUUGGGUUGUUCGCGAGCAUGACCCACUAGGAAGAGAUGUAGAACUCUUUCGCCAGGAAUUGUACUCUGAUGGGAAGCCGAAACCGACCUCUAAGGGUAGUGUGGGUGCUGAGCUGGUUGAUGGGCUUGUGAUUAAGGAAGAAGAUUAUAAGUUGGUGAAGACUCGUUUUAGUGCAUUCUUUGCCACACAUCUGCAUUCGUUUCUUCAGGGUGCCGGCAUUAAUAGUUUAGUGGUCACUGGUGUUCAAACUCCAAACUGUAUCAGGCAGACGGUCUUUGACGCGGUGGCAUUGGAUUAUCAAUCUGUUACUGUUAUUGUUGAUGCCACUGCUGCUGCCACACCUGACAUACAUAUUGCAAAUUUAUUUGACAUGAGGAAUAUUGGAGUCACAACCCCAACAUUACAGGAAUGGUGCAAAUCUGAUCAUUGAUAUGUUUCACAACUGAAUCAGCAGAAAACUCGAGCCAUCUCAAAUUGAACCAAAUUCGACAAUCUGUUGAAGAAAGCUAUGCUUCUGUAAAUUAGCAGUUUGAUGAAGAAUUAAUGGCCAACAGAGAGUUGAUUGUGCAUGUGGAAAAGGUGAGAGAAAGGGUCACUAUUUUCUUUUUGGUUUUCUUCCUUGUUAGCAGAGAUACGAAAGCCUGUUAGCAUAGCGAUUUGAUAGCCACGAAUAAUGGCAUAAAGAAUAUGCUGUGAUUUGAUUUAAUUUGCUUUCUUGUAAUAUUAACAUGUGUUAUUUUUGGUAUAUAAAUACUGGAGCUGUGAAUGAGUGUUAAGCCUCAUUCAACCCUUUCUCAAAUAAUAUUCAAGCCUUUACACAAUUAUCUCA